AUGGAUUAUUGUAUUCGUAAGACCGAAAUGACUGACAACAAAGAAGAUGAUGUUACAUUUGCUAGUUAUGAAUGGGAAAAUAUCAAGGCAACAACUGCAUCGUAAUUGCCAACUUGUAGGAAUUGUCACACAGCCACAACAUUUAAACACUACAUGAUCAUCUUUGGUGGCAAAGAAGGUGAAGGCAGGAAGAAGUUCUGUAAUGACAUACAUAUUUUGGAUUUAAAAAGAUUGAAUUGGACAUCAUAAAUCAAAGUAAAUGGAUAGAUCCCAGAUGUAAGAAUGGGACACAGUGCUUAAAAUUAUUAUGAUAAAAUUGUCUAUUAUGGAGGAUGGAAUGGGUACACAGUGUUGGAUGAUAUUAUUAUGAUGACUCCGAGCGAAUAAAUGAAUAUUGUUUGUAUAGAUUGGCAACAUCUUAAAUCAGAGAAUACUCCUCCAAAGAGACAGUUUCAUACAGCCAAUAUUUGUGGAGACUUUAUGUAUAUUUUUGGAGGCGGAGAUGGUAAAAUGUGGUUGAGUGAUCUAUACAAAUUCGAUCUCGUUAAAUGUUUCUGGACUUAAGUAGAAACUACAGGACAGAAACCAUAAGGCAGAUUAUAACAUAGUUCUGUUAUUUAUGACCAUAAAAUUUAUGUUUUUGGUGGUGAACCUGACAGAUCUCAUCAAUUAAAUGACUUAUAUUAAUUGGAUAUUGAAAACAAUCUAUGGACACGUUUGUAACCCAAGGGAAGUACACCAUCUCCAAGAGUUAGUGCCUCUGCUGUUAUGAUGAAUAAUAAGAUCUAUUUGUUUGGAGGAUAUGAUGGAUAACAAUGGAGAAAUGAUGUCUUCAUGUACAAUAUCACUGAAAAUCAAUGGGAAUAUAUAGUCAUCAACACUUUAGACAAUUAAUCUAAUUUCCGAGGAUAAACUAAAGAUAGCACAUCAUAAUAAUCAUCACCUCCCAGACCCAGAUGUCGACAUUCUGCUAUUGCCUAUAAGAAUACCAUUGUGAUCUUCGGAGGUAAUGAUAGUGAGAAAUCAUAUAAUGAUGUCUAUAUGCUCAAACAAUAGUCAAUCAUCAAAUUAGCAGAAUCUACACUCAAACAAGAUUAUUCAAGCAUUCUAUUUUCUCCUAUUUUGAGUGACAUCACAUUCUAUAUUGAUAAUCAAGAGAUUCAUGCACAUAAAAUUAUACUGGCAUCUCGUUGCGAAUACUUCAAAACUCUAUUUUUAAACGAAUAAUUCAACUUAGGAGAUAAACUAGCUAUCACUGAUACUUCAAUUAAUGUUUUCAAGGCAAUCUUAUAGUACAUUUAUACUGACGAAGUCUUCAUCGAUUCCCAUAUUGUAUACGAUUUAUUAGCAUUGGCAGAUAAGUAUAUGUUGUAGAGACUUAAGAAUUUGUGUGAAGAUCAUUUAAUUAAAAAUAUUUCACUGAAAAAUGUGAUUGAUGUUGUCAAUCUGGCUGAUAAAUUCUCGGCAUAAGAAUUGAAAGCCAAUGCCAUGAUCUUUUUACUCGAUAAUAAAUAGAAGAUACUGAAUACAUAAGAUAUUAAUAUGCUAUCAAAAGAGAUAUUAAUAGAAUUGUUAAAAUUUACUAAAUGA